GUGCCCCCAACUUUGAGCGUCUUUCCAUCAGAAUUGUUUCAUACACCCACUGAUAGAUCAGGCUGUGCCAAGGGCUAUUAUAUACUCGAUCUUCAAGUAUAUGAUGUACUCCCCCAUCCAUUCUCCACCUCCCGCAUGGCAACUGCUCCCAAACCGAGGGAAAAAACCUGGGAUCCAUCUAGUCUUCCUGCAUAUGAUGCGCCCCCGAAUCACCUGGAUGACUCUGACUCGGUCACAUCUGACCUGAAAUCUGCAACCAAUUUCUACGACCGCAGUCUGACAAGUCGUAGGUAUGCCCUCGCUGGUGUGGCAUGCUCAAUUAUUGUCAGCUGCUGUUGCAUCGUUGCAGGCGCUGUCAUUAUGGCCACUCCUGGAGGUGCGGUCACUUUGACAUCAAAUGUACAGCGCCGCACCGCGUUGCGCAAAGAGGUGGUGGUCAUAUCACUAAACUUGAUCGUUACCUUAUGCACCGAAGCCACGGGUUUCGUACACAACAUCUCAUUGCGCUCUGCGCUGGCUUCAGAGUCUCGGCUUCGUUUCAACUCUAAUCUGCGCCUUCUGACCGCAGCUCGUGGAUGGAGCAACCCCAAUGGUUCCCUUCUCAAUGGUAUCAUGAUUGUCCUCCUCGUCAUAUCCUAUAGCUCAGCUUCACUGGCCGCAUUACCUUCCUACGGCGAUUUUUCUGAAUAUCCCACCGGCACCAUCGCGACUCAUGUUAUCAUGGGGAUACCUCUCUUGACUUUGGGAGUCGCACUUCUUCUCCAGGUGGUGAUCGCAUUGUCAGGGAUGCGAGCUAUCAAGAUACUAACGUGGAGUUCUUCACCUUUCGAUUUGACUGCUGCUCUGGUCCACCACGCGCAAUUGACCCCAACUCUUUUCCGGUGCAUGCGUGGUGUGUCCGACUUGGACGUGGAUGGAGGUCCAGCGAGGCCAUCAGAGAAACAGCCUUCUGCAUGGCAUGCGCACCCUAGCAUCCGGAAAGUUAUCAUCUCCCUUUGGUGCCUUGUCGUAGCAUGCGCUGGAUGGGGUCUCAUCCUGUACAUCUACCAUACGUAUCAAGGUCAGAUAACCUGGAAAUGGUCGUUCUUCCCCGACGAUCAGAAUUUCUUAUACAGCUUCAUGUACUCGUUCAGAGGGGGCAGGAUUAAAUGGUGGAUUAUGCCUUAUGUCAAUCUGGCUGCUAUCCAGGGACCGUUGACACUUUGUCUGCAUUGCUCUGAGCUCAUCGCAAACGUCAUUCGGGACGAAGGGCAUUGGAGAUGCGCUACUGGACGAAAUGGGAUUCCAUCGGCGGUAAACCCGCUGAAGUCGGCUUUCGCCAAUCCACUCUGUCUUGCACUUUUUGUCGCAAAGCCUGUCCUGCACUGGAUAUUUGGGCUUUGUUUUGUGCUCUUCGCCAACUUCAACUCUGCACAUGGAGACAUCGAUGUAUAUAUGUACCCAAUGCAGGCGCUACAGCAUCCUUAUAUACUCGCGCAGAUCUUGAACUUAUGCAUAGUGCUGUUUGUAUUCGCUUGUUUCUUCACUCUCGUGGCACUACGCCAACGGCGCGGGCCCCAGCCAGCUGCAUAUGGUCACCUUCAGACACUGGCCAACCUCGUGGAUGAGUGGUCGCCUGUGAUGUGGUGGGGCCACAAGGAAGAUGGAAUCCCGUAUUGUCAUGCUGGGACGAGUGGUCAGCCGCUGCCGGCUGUGAAGAUGGACUGUAUUUAUGCUGGCACCAGCGUUGGGUCCCACCCUUCCGUCUCGACUUAAAUCCAUGUCGGGCGGACUGGCGAUGCAUUGACGGCGCUCAUAGUCAGCCAUGCCUUGGGACGGGACAUAUUUGCGAUGUUUACGAUGUUUGCCGCGUUCAAGUCGGAGAUGGAUCGGGAUGUUGUCAUAUGGACCCACUUCUUCACGCACCGCAUUCAAUAGCACAAUUGGGACACAUUAAUGAUAGAGGAUAUGAUUUACAAGGCUAUGUAUGCUUGGAUUGUUCUGUGUUAGUAGUACUAAAUCACAGCGAAUGGUAUUGAUACCUUGGAACGGGG